ACGUAGGGUGCAAAGUGCGUGCAGGCGGAGACCGCGACCGUCUCAAGUCUACUGUCAAAGACUCGCUCAUUACCCUUUGGACGUAUAAUUUCUGAUAACAGUGCCACUUUUGACGGCUACCAAUGACAAAAGACGUUCGAACAUUAAUAUACACGUCUGGAACUACCGCAUUCCUCCAGCUAUGUCAUAUAAAUCCUGGAUUGAGGAAACUUUCUCCAAGAGAGAAUGUGUGAAGUUUAUCCCCUCCUCUCGAGAUCUACACAGAUGCAUUCCAGUAUGUCAAGUAUGUCAAAACUUGAUCAGGUGUUGCUGUGGUCGUCUUAUGGUAGAACACUCCUGGCAAGAGGCACCUCCCCCGACAUUCUUUACCGGUCCUGAACAAGAUGUGUCAGAAGACUGGUCCUUGGAGCUACACACCAGAGCCAGUCCCACCAAUGCCUAUGGGACCAUAGCAUUUCAGGACAGUGCAGCACGUGUGUGUCGGGCCAAGUUUGUGCGUGUGGCGGUGGACUCAAAGCCAGAGGCGCUCCUUCAACUGAUGCUGAGGGAAUGGCAGAUGGAUAGACCCAAGCUCCUACUGACUGUUCAUGGAGGAUCUGAGAACUUCAGCCUUCCUCCCAAAGUCAAGCAAGCCUUCACUAAAGGCCUGAUCACUGCAGCUCGCAGCACCGGCGCUUGGAUACUUACCGAUGGCAUUAAUACUGGUGUGUCCAAGUAUGUGGGUGAGGCAGUGAAAAGCUUUGGUGGCCACAACCUGAGGAAGAGGAACACAAUUGGGCUCACAUCUUGGGGAGUCAUAGAUAACAACACAGACCUUAUAGGAAGAGACGUCUUCAGGCCUUACCAGCCACUGGGAAACCCUUUAAGCAAGAGGGCCUACCUCAAUAGUUUCCACUCCCACUUUCUUCUUGUGGAUGACGGAACGUUAGGAAAAUUCGGUUGCCAAGAAGGCCUCAGGAAGAAGCUGGAGAAACACAUUCAACUGCUGAAGAUCCACACUCGAUUGAAUCAAAGAGUGCCAAUGGCGUGUGUGGUAGUAGAAGGAGGCCCGGCCAUUGUGUCCACAGUGCUUGACUAUGUGAGCAGUAACCCACCUGUACCAGUCUUUGUGUUUGAGGGAUCUGGAAGGGCUGCGGACCUGUUUGCUUUUUUACAUAAGCACACUGAUACCGACAGGCAGUUAGCUGCAGACAUUAGAGAGGGCUUCCUUGUAAGAAUUGGGGAGGUUUUUGGAGUUGAUAGGAAGGAAGCAUCUCACCUUUGCAGUCUCCUUCUGGAAUGUAUGGAUCACAGACAAUCUAUAACCAUCUUUGAUUCAGAGUCAGAAGACCAGAUGGCCCCAGAUGCUGCUAUUUUGAACACUAUCCUCAAGGGUACAAAGGCCAGCGCUGCAGAGCAGCUAAGUAUGACUCUGGCCUGGGACAGGGCUGACAUUGCACAGAAAAAUGUUCUGGUUUAUGGACAACAUUGGCAGGUGGGUUCAUUGGAACAGGCCAUGCUGGAUGCUUUGAUGAUGGACCGUGUCAGUUUUGUCAAACUCCUGAUUGACAACGGAAUGACUAUGAGUCACUUCCUCACCGUGGAUCGCCUGGAGGAACUUUAUAACAUGCCUCAGGUGCAGACUGACCAAUUUCUUCAUCACCUUGUUGAGGAUGUGAAACAGACCUCUCUACCUCUUGGUUAUCGGCUGUCUAUCAUUGACAUGGGCUUGGUCAUAGAGUACCUCAUAGGAGGUGCAUACCGCAGCACCUAUACACGCAAACACUUCAGAACUGCCUACAACAGAUUGCAGAACAAGGAAGGUAGACGUGUCAGUACCUCAUUCUUGUCUGAACAAAAAAUGGGAAUAAGAUCAAAAUCUCAAUGGAGUGGAAGUCCACAAGACCCCCAUUUCUUUAGAACUGCUCAGCCUUACAAACGCAAGGACCAGAAUGUGCUACGUGGUACCAGUGAAAAGGCUGUAUGGAAUCCGGGUCUUUGUGAAGCGCCACUGGUUUUUUCUUUCAACUUUAAUGACGUCUUCGUGUGGGCCGUGCUUCAGCAACGCCAGCAGAUGGCGCUGUUCCUAUGGCAGCAUGGGGAAGAGUCUCUCGCUCGAGCCGCUGUGGCCUGCAAGCUUUACCGCUCCAUGGCCUUUAAGGCACGGCAAAGCAGCAUGGAUGACCACAUUGCAGAACGAUUCAAAGCCUAUUCACUUGAGUUUGGACAGCUGGCGGUGAAUGUCUUGGACUGUGCAUUUCGUCAGAAUGAGAAGAUGGCCAUGAAACUGCUCACUUCUGAGAUGGAGGCAUGGAGCCACUUUACCUGCUUGCAAAUAGCAGUUUCUUCAAGUCACAGACCUUUUGUUUCACACUCUUGUACGCAAACCCUCCUCACUGAUCUCUGGACUGGUCCACUCAACAUGAGAAAAAACUCAUAUUUAAAGAUCAUUUUGAGCCUUCUUUUGCCUCCUGCCAUUCUGCUGCUGGAAUUCAAAAGUAAAGCUGAGAUGUGUCAUGUUCCCCAGUCUCAUGAGGCAAUUAUUUUUGGCCGUGACACUCUUAAGUCAGGAGAAACACUUGAUGAAACUCACAUGGCCAAGAAGGAUGCAGAGCAUGGACUGACAUCCCAGGACCGACGUCUUGGUUCUCGGUGGGAAGGUCUUUUCCCAAUCCUUUUGCAUAUGGUGUCCUGGAUGACAAGACUCUAUGAAUUCUACACAGCUCCUGUCGUUAAGUUCUGGUUCCAUACAAUAUCAUACAUAGCCUUCCUGAUGUUAUUCUCCUACACCAUCUUAGUGAAGAUGGACGAUCAACCAGGUGUUCAAGAGUGGUUGGUCAUUUUAUAUAUAUUGACUACAGCAGUGGAGAAAACCAGAGAGGUGUUAAUGUCAGAACCAAGGAAGCUGAGUCAGAAACUGAAGAUUUGGUUCUCAGAGUACUGGAACUUAUCUGACUUCCUUGCCAUCGUACUCUUCCUGUUUGCUUUGGUGAUGCGUUGGCACGCUGAUCCAUAUCGGACAGUUGGACGGUUGGCCUACUGUCUGGACAUUAUAUUUUGGUUUGUCAGGGUGAUGGAUCUACUGGCUGUCAAUCAACAUGCUGGUCCUUACCUCACAAUGAUCACCAAAAUGACCUCGAACAUGUUCUUCAUUGUGGUGAUGAUGGCAAUUGUACUGCUGAGUUUUGGGGUAUCCAGGAAGGCUAUCCUGUCACCAGAUGAGGACCCGUCAUGGAGUUUAGCUCGUGAUGUUGUGUUCCAGCCUUACUGGAUGAUCUAUGGAGAGGUCUACGCAUCAGAGAUAGAUCCUUGUGAUGAUGGUCAACCAUGUGCUCCUGCCUCCUUUCUCACGGCAUUCCUUCAAGCUGUCUAUAUGUUUUUUCAGUACAUAAUCAUGGUCAACAUUCUCAUUGCAUUUUUUAACAACAUCUACUUUGAUAUGGCAUCGACAUCCAAUAAGUUGUGGAAGUACAACCGCUAUCGCUACAUAAUGACCUAUCAGGACAGACCGUGGCUGCCUCCUCCCCUAAUUUUCCUCAGUCACGUGACUUUUGGUUUGCGAGCCAUUUACAAGCGACUUAAUGGAAAUGCUGAGGGAGAUGAAAGAAGCUCUGGACUUAAGCUCUAUUUAGCCCGUGAUGACCGCAAGAAGCUCCAUGAAUUUGAGGAGAAAUGUGUACAGGCCUACCUCUAUGAGAAGAAUCAAGAUCUCCACAGCAGUCAGAUGAACAGAAUCAGACUCACAGCAGACAGAGCCGAAGAGAUGUGCACAAUGGUGGGGGAAGUCUCAGAGAAGGUCAACAUCAUUCAGGACAAUCUCACGAAACUGGACUCUCAGCUGGGUCAACUUCAGGACCUAUCAGCACUGGCUGUGGACACACUGACCUUGCUCUCUGCCUCUGACAAUCUACAUCAAGAGGAGGCUCGCCUGGCUCAGUCCCAACUACUCCAAACAUCCCAACACGUCCUUCCUCACAGCUGGACUCUGCACAGAGGUGGCUCGGAGGAUGAUGUGUCAAAUACGAGACGACUGAUGUGCAAGUCUUGUAAAAGUACUCCUCCUUCGUUGAUCAAAGGCUACAUUCUUAGACAUGCACCACAGGAGUCUCAUCUGGGAAUCAGAGGGAGUAGGGGAGAAGGGGAAGGACAAAUGGAAGAGGGAGAAAAAGAGUUGCCUGAUGCUCACCAUCCUCGUGAGUUGUAUGUGGGUGUCUCUCGAAGUACAUCAGUUUUGCACCUUCAUGGAGUUGAAAACCAUCUGAGUGGUUUCACUGAUCAGACACCUUAUGAGUCACGUGGAACAUCCCCCUGUGGGUCUCCUCUUUCUUUCAAGAUUGCUGACGGCGGACUGGAGUCACCACAUUAUAAGGUGUGGAGCUGUGAUCCACACCUGUACCCGAAUCGUGAGGAAAUUGACAUGGAAGAGGAGAAAGAUCAAGGCAGUGAAGAUGAACAGAUAGUGGAUGAGUCCAGAGUGCGUGAUCAUCUUUCCAAUUUAGAAGAUGACACCCAACUGCAUUCCGUGAGCAGACCUUUUGUAAAGUCUCCAAGGUCGGGCUAUCUGUCAAGAGACCACCCUUAUGGCUACUGCAGAUCCUUGUCAUCCAGUGUGGAGAAUAUGACUUUCUUUGGAAGAUCCCAAAUUCCACGGGGGGAAUCGUUUCCUUUUCUUAACAAAGUACUGAACAAGCAAGGUGGUAAAAGAAAUUUCAGAGAUGACACAUCGUUACAGUGGAGCAGGAGCAGAGAGUGGUCUAAGUCAUCUGACUUCCCCCAAGCCUUGAACAGAAGGAAAACCCCAAAUAGAAAGAUUGUCAAAAUACAAGAAAGCAGCCCAGCCAACGGAACCAUGCAUAUAUUUUUGUCUGAUGCUUGCUGGAAAAGAUGGCAAAAAUUGAAAGGAGAACCUGCAUGCUGGUCAGCUUCAACUAGCCUCAGUCACCUUAAUUUUGAACCCUUGGAUUUGCAGAAGCAAGUGUGUUCUUAUCAGGAUCCUUUGAGCCCCACUCAUUCAGCAUGGAGCAGCUGGACAAAAUCAAUGAGUCGCAGAUCUUCACUGCAGAGUGCUAUUGCUGUGGAAGGUAGUUCCUCAUUCCAGUCCACGGAUUUGUUGUAUUCACAUUAUUCAGCCAUGGAAAGGAACAAUCUGAUGCGACUGGCUCACACAAUCCCAUUUACUCCUGUUUCCAUUCUGGGUGGUGAAGAGGUGAGCAUUUACUCCCUGGAGGAAGUUCACUCACAGGCUGACCCUGAAUCCAGCACAGUCUCAUCAUGGUCCUCACGGGGCCUGUCUGCAAUGCUUCAGCCCCUCCCGAGUGAAGAGGGAUCACUGGAUGGAGGCCUGCGGCAGGGCUGCAGGGUGCUAUGCACGUGGGCCGAACAGGAUGUGCUUAUUCCUGGGAUGGUGUAUGUGGUGAAAGCCUUCAGACCAGAAGUGGUGUCUGCAUGGCAGAAGUACUUUUCCGGUAGCACAGCGCUGCAGCUUUGUUUGAGGGAGAUUCAGCAGCAGAGGGCAGCACACAGGAUGAUGCAAGUGUUUAACCAGAUCAAACCUCCUAACAUUCAACAUUCACCAAAAUUUCUGGACGUAUCAUUGGUCCUUUGGCAUACAAAUGGCCAGUGGCUGACUAUUGAAAGAAACAUGUCCGGGAACUUCCAAAAGUACAACAACAACACAGGAGAGGAGAUCACACCUUCCUGUUCACUGGAAGAGCUACUCCUCGCCUUCUCACACUGGACCUAUGAGUACUCAUGCAGAGAAAUGCUGGUGCUUGAUGUACAAGGAGUCGGUGAGGAGCUGACAGAUCCAACAGUCAUUAUGGCAGAUAUGCACAGUAGCAGCAGGGGCGAGAUGUUAUUUGGCCCGGACAAUCUUGGAGAAUCUGCCAUCAAUGCUUUUCUGCAAAAGCACUCAUGCGGUGCUUGCUGCCACACAUUGGGCCUCUCAGCUUUAAGGAGGCAUCUGGACACAUGCAAGAACAGCGGUGAGGCAGAACCUACACCAGGGGAAACAGAACAAGAGGAUGAGGGAGUAAAUAACGUCUAGGCUAAAAGCAUCAUGUUACUUUUAUCCCUUGAAGCAGGGGGAAAAAAAUGACGUGCUGAUAUUGCAGCUUUUGCACAGACAACUCUGGUAAAAUAUCUGUGCGUUAGCCAUUACACACAGCGGUUAUACAAGUGCUCAAAUAAGCAAUCGUGUGCAUGUGUACGAAAGAAAAACGAGGCAGAAUUUCACCCAUAAAAUUUAUUGUAUUUUUUUUUCUUCCCACAACAAAAUGUCUACAAAAGCGAUAAAAUAUAGAAUUUAACAAAAUCACUUCAGACCUUCACAUUAUAUAUACACACAUAUCAAAGGAGGACUCAGUAAAGGGCCCUGCAUAGCUCUGAACUUCAACCCAUUCUAAUCCGUAACGUGGGUGUCUACGACACAAUUAAAUGCAAAUGUAUACAUGCAUUCACGCAUACGCAUAAUAUCAUUCUGAUGUGAAAAAGAAAAUGUUUGUACAGAGGCGCUCAUGGAUUGAUAGUCAGAGCUCAGAGUCCUGCAGAGUCCUAGAUGACCAAAUGAAGAAAGCAUCAAAUGUAAAAACUGUUUGCCAGUGUAUUCAAAUGCACAUUUUUCUUGAGUUUACUCUUUUUAUGAUUGGUUUCACAAGUGAACUCAAGACAGUAAAGCAUCUACGUCUCACUUCCAAUCAUUCCUCUUCUCACUAGCUAUGGCACUUUAAAAACAAAAGGAAAGAUUUCCUUUUGUAUGUAGAAUUUUUUUUUAAUUUUGUUUUGUUAGUCCUGUGUAAAACAGAUUCCGUAAGGCCAAAUACCUUUUUUAUAGGUAUUGUUUACAGAUUGCUACAUUUGAUUUGAUUUGCUCUUGCUUGUACGCAGACAUUCUAAAAAAUAAAUUAACAAUUUUCAACACUA